AUGCCACGUAAGCUACGUAAGAAUAUACGUAAGAGGAAGGGAGCAUUGAAACAUCCAAUAGUAAAACUGACACCACAACAACAGUUGCAACAACAAAUGAUGAAUGACCCCACUAUGUUGCAACAAAUGUCAAGCAACCCUAUGCUUUUAAACCGAGUUAUUGGUGCACAGAGUGGAGGUUUAAGAGCGGCACUUUUAGCGAAAAUGGCAGGCUAUGGUGGAGCUGCAGACGGAACAGCUUAUAACCCUCAAAGUCAAAUGAAUUUGAGUUCACUCAAAAAUCAAAUAACAGAUGUCAAAAAGUCAAACAUAGACAUACAGAAACAAAUAAGUGAAAACGAAAAGAAACUAGAAUAUGACAGACACACAAAGAAACUCAAUGAGUUAAACGUAGAGAAAAAGAAGAAAGAAGAACAACUGAAAGAACUAAGUACAGAGGAAUAUGCGAAAAAAGUGUCAGAAAAAGCAGCAGAAGUAGCAAAAAUGGAACAAGAUGUUAUAAAUUUGAAAAACCAUACUACUCAAUAUAAAGUACUGA